AUUAUACAGCUUGAGAUAAAGGAUUCAAAAUAGAGCCCAAGUUGAGGGGUUCAAGUUUUAGGGAAGAGUUAAGUUUAGGAGAGUGGAGGUGGGAAGGCGGCCUCAGCUCCUGUCUUGGGCUAACACGUGAUUUUGUCACGAUGAUUUGAUGGUGCACCGACUGCAAUGGUGGCUACGCGUCUCUCUCCAAGCAAACCCUAAAUAUAGCAAGUGGCCUGUGGUUAGAGAAAGUAAAGCAUGUUUUGAAACUAUAAGCAGAGGGAAGAACCCUUCUACAGAUCCGAUAUUGGCGCUAGCCAAAAGUAAACCUACUGGAAAUAAUUGUGUCCCUUUUUUUGGAAGGAGAAUGAAUGUGUUCACUCAGCAGCUGAACCCUAUAACAGGGAAGCUUGAGUGGGGGAUACAACCUGAAGACUAUGACUACAAGCAGGAAGUUGCACGAUCUGCAUAUGCUGACAUGUUACACGAUCAGGAGAGGAAUGAUAAAUACUUUGAAGGACUACGGCGGUCAAUUGCAGAUCUACGAAGACGUGGGCAAGAGGUGCAUGUGCUAGACAUUGGCACAGGUACUGGACUGCUCUCUAUGAUGGCAGUUGAAUGUGGGGCGGACUCUGUGACAGCUUGUGAGGCAUUUCAUCCCAUGGCUGAGUGUGCAAAGAAAGGAAUAAAAGCAAAUGGAUUUGCAGACAAGGUUCAUCUAGUUCCUAAACGGUCAACAGAAAUUGAAGUUGGACCAGGCAAAGAUAUGGAAAAGCGAGCUAACUUGCUAGUCGCUGAAGUCUUUGACACAGAACUGAUUGGUGAAGGAGCUAUUGAUACCUACCGACAUGCAAGGGAUGUGUUGUUAACAGAAGAUGCACUCCUGGUUCCUUCAGAGGGCACAGUAUAUGCACAGGUGGUAUCAUCAGAGAUGCUGCAAAGAUGGAACCAAAUCCAGCCUGUUACCAGAGUUAAACCUGGGACUACAGAGCAAGAGGUGUUGGUAUCUGUGCCAUCGUGUGUUGAGCAGUGCCCAGGAGCCGCAGCUGUGCACGACUUGCAGUUGUCCCAGGUGCCACAAGAAUGGUUUACCCCCAUGUCCCACCCGCUACCUGUGUUUUGGUUUGACUGGAGCGGCAGACAAAAGGAUAUACCCUGUGACGAGACAACCCGCGUCAAGUUCAAGACUUUGGCAUCAGGGAACUGUGAUGCUGUGCUUAUGUGGUGGGAUCUAAGGAUGGACCAAGAUGGGGAAGUCAUACUUAGCUGUGCUCCUUACUGGGCCCAUCCUGACCUAGCUGAUAAAUGUUGGAAAGGCAGUAGUGAAGACAUUCCUUGGAGAGACCAUUGGAUGCAGGCCGUGUAUUAUCUUCCCCAGUCUCGCAAGGUGUCCGAGGACACUACACUGACGCUCCUCUCUGCACAUGACGAGUACAGUCUCUGGUUCAACAUACAGAAGGAUGAGAGUGAAUAUGUAUGUGAAGACCGGCCAGUAUGUGAGUGUGGUAUUCACAUUGUAAAUUCCCGGACUCGUCUGGGGCAACUCAACGAUCCUCGCAGAAUAGAAAUCUAUGUCCGAGUCUUAGAACGAUACAUUAAGCCUGACAGCGUCUGCUUAGCUUUAGGAGAUGGUUGCUUAAUGGCUAUAGCAGCGGCUAAAUUAGGGGCUCGCCAUGUUUAUGUGACGGAAGGAAGUGAAGCCAAUAGACGAGUGAUGCAGGAGUUCAUCACGGCAAAUGAUGUUCAGCACAAAGUGACCGUGUUAUCGGAAGAUGUUUGCAACACGUCUGUAGACCAGUUGGUGUCACCGGCAAGUGUAACAUUUAGCGAGCCAUUCUUCUCGACCUCUCUCUUGCCGUGGCAUUCCCUGUACUGUUGGUACAUGCGCAACAGCUGCCUUCAUCUCCUAACUCCUGGAGCUGUUAGAACCCCAGCCACUGCCACGAUCUGGGGGGUACCGGUGCAAUACAGAGACCUGUGGAAAAUUCAUGCACCACUGCAUCAGUGCAAUGGAUUCAAAAUGGAUAUAUUUGAUAAGCUAAUUGAGUCGGCUUGUGAAGAAGCAGAUGAGAGGGUCGAGCCACAACCCCUCUGGGAAUAUCCAGCUAAAUCUCGAGGACAUCCUGUUUGUCUUUUAACGCUAGACCUGUCUGCCACCAUUCCAGACAAUCCUGUGAUAUGUGUUGGCUCAAUCCCACUGCCAAGUCCUGGUCUGGUCAAUGGCAUGGCUCUCUGGGCAGACUGGCAUAUGACUGAUAAAACUGAGGAUAUUAUUACUACAGGCCCUGUAGAACCAGUUGAAUUAGAUCAAUAUAUCAGAUGGGAUGUAUAUAGCCGACAAGGGGUGUACCUAUUCAGAGAGCCUGUGACCGUUGACAACAUGCAGCCAUGCAGACUCCACUAUUCUGUUACAUUCCAGCCCUGUGAUGGGACUCUGGGGUUUGAUUUCCAGAUCAAAAAACAUACAGGUUCUGGUGAAGACAGCGAUAGCUGAUCAGCCGAAGAAACGCAUUAUAAUUUUUUGUUACAAUUCAGAUAAAAUUAUCUAAUCUC